GGCAUCGAAACUUCAGCAUAUAUCAUCGGCGCUCUCACGGCAGGAGGUGGAACAUUUGGAUAUGUCAAGACGGGUUCACUUCCCUCAGUUAUCGCCGGCGUGACUGUUGGCACAUUGUAUUUGCUUGGCGGUUACCGCAUUCAAAAUAAGCAGUCCUAUGGUGUUGAGCUCGCGCUUCUUGCUUCGAUUGUCCUGGCUGGUUCUUCGAUCCCGAGAGCGCUUCGGAGCCGUAAACAAUUGCCGACUGGAUUGAGUGUUUUGGCGUUGUAUGGACUUUAUACGUAUGGCAGGGCUUGGUAUGCUAAGCUGUGA